AUGGAGGACCCGCCGCCGCCGCCGCCGCCGCCGCAGAGGCUGCGGUGCGCGGUGCAGCACUACGAGUGGGGCCGACGCGGGGCUGCCUCCAUCGUCGCGCGCCUCGCGGACCAGCAGGAUCCCGACUUGGCCCGCGCGGACACCCGACGCGCUCGGCCCCGCCGUCGCCGCGCGGUGGGGAGGCGACCUCCCAUUCCUCUUCAAGCCGGCGCCGGCAACGCUGGUUACGUGCAGGUGCUUUCGGUGGCCAAGGCGCUCUCGAUCCAGGCGCACCCGGACAAGAAACGCGCCGAGGCGCUGCACGCGCUGCGCCCUUCCGUCUACAAGGAUGACAACCACAAGCCCGAGAUGGCCAUCGCCAUCACCGAGUUCCGGGCGCUCUAUGGUUUUGCGGCCAUCCAGGAGCUCAAGGAUGUCCUGAGGACUGUACCUGAAGUUGAAGGGCUAAUUGGGCAUGAGCAUGCUGCCAAGCUCAUGAGCUUCAAGGAGUAUGAUGCGGUCGCCUGA